AUGGUAGAAGUUAUCGAUCAUGUGACUUGUCCAAUUGAAAAAUACGAAGAAGUUAAUGACAUUAUGAAUGACAGUGUCGUUAGUUUAUUAUUUAACAACAAUAAACGAGAAAUGAAUGAAGAUGUUGUUGAAAGUCAAGAAUCUAUUAUUACAUUUAAGAAAAUAUUUGUAAGAGAAAUUGUCAAACCAAAAACAGAACCAAAAGAUUCAACUAUCGUACCUGAUGAAAAUAAUGUACAAGUAAAUGAAGAGGAUAUAGAAUUUAGAGAAGCAUCUAUCCAACAAAGUAUUGAUAGAUUAAAUGAGAUAGAAGAAAAAUAUAAAAGUUAUGAGGAUCAAAUAACAAAGGAGGAGGUAUUACUUUAUCUAAAUAAUCCAGAAGAUUGGAAGUAUCACCAACUAGAAAAAUUUAGUAAUGAAUAUAGAGAUUCUAUUCCAUUAAAAGUAUCUUGUCAUACAUAUAAUAUUGAUCAAAAUAUAUUUGAACCAAAUUAUCUUGAGCCAUGGCUUAUUGUUGAUUUUGAUAGUGAUAUCGUAGUAGCCUCUGUACAAGAACUUGAUAUGAGUGCAACAGGUAUUGUAGCAGGAAGAGGAAUUACAGAAAAAGGAACGAUAUGGAAGAAUAACUUAUUUGAAACAUUAAAGAAAAAAGGAAAUUAUCAUUUUGUAAAGAUGGAACAAUUAUGUGGCAUUGUUAUAUUUAUGUUUGCUAAACCAGAAAUUGUUCCUUUAAUGAAAAACAUAGAAACUUCAUGGCAUGCUGUUGGUAAAAUGGGAUUAGCAAAUAAAGGAGGAGUUGCUAUUCGAUUUGAUAUGAAUGAGACACGAUUUUGUUUUGUGAAUAGUCAUUUAGCUGCACAUCAACAAUUUCUAGAUAAACGAAAUGGACAUUGGAAAAUGAUUUGGGAAGAAUUGAAAUUUAAAAAAUGUAAAAUUGUUGAUCAUGAUUAUAUUAUUUGGAUGGGGGAUUUAAAUUAUCGUAUUGAGAUGGAAGAUUCUGUUGUAAGAGAUCUUAUGUAUAAAGGAGAAUUAGAUACACUUUAUGCAAAAGAUCAAUUAAACACUUCUAAAGCAAAAGGAAUUGUUUUUUAUGGGUUUAAAGAAGCACCAAUUCAUUUUAUUCCAACUUUUAAAAUUAUUUGUGGAAAAGAUGAAUAUAUUGAUGAUAGAAUACCUGCAUGGUGUGAUAGAGUGUUAUGUAGAACACAAAAUGCAUAUCCAUAUGAGGUAUGUAAUUAUACUAGUCAUAAUUUGUUAUUAAGUGAUCAUAAACCAGUUUCAUGUUGUUUUACAUUAUACCCUUCAAAAACUCUUCCAGACAAAUUAGAAGAAGUUAAUUUUAAGAUAUGGAAAAUGACGGAUUAUAUAGAAAAAAAAUUAACACCUCAUGUAGAAAUUGAUAAGAUGGAACUUCAUUACGAACAAGUUGAAUUAUCUCAAACUUAUCACCAAAUAAUUAAAAUUAAAAAUAUUGGAGAAUAUCCUACUAGAUUUGAAUUCUCUCAACGUCCUGAUAGUAAAUUGGUUUGUCCAACAUAUUAUGUUAUUAACCCUCAAGACGGUUUAUUACAACCUGGAGAAGAACAAAACGUUAAAGUUACUUUAUUUAUCCAACCAGAACAAGCUAUGAUUGUAUGUAAAAAGACUAUUAUUGAUGUCUUUUCUUUAUCAUUUGCCUAUGGUGGCAUUCAUUUCAUUACAAGUAAAAUUGAUAUAGUUGAUUCAAUCUUUGGUAAAGACCUUAAGACAGUAACUUCAAUGAAAGAUCCUUAUCAAUUUGUUGAAGGGUCAAUUACUACAGGAUUAAUAAAUCAACAAAUCCCAAAAGAACUUUGGAGACUUGGUUCUGAUAUUAUUUCUGAGAUUAAAGCUGAUACACUUAUUCAACAUCCAACUGAAGCAACUGUAAGAGAAGUUCUUCAUUCAAUUAAUACUAAUAGUAGGUACACUACCAAAUCAGCUUCUGCAAUGUUACAAGGUCUUUCUUAUUUCUUAAUGGCUUUACCAGAUUCCUUAAUUCCAUCAAGUAGAUUUUAUGAUGUCACAACAUGUAAAACAAAAGUUGAUGCUUAUGCUGUAAUCAACUCAUUACCAAAUGAAAACUAUAGUUUAUUCUUCUAUAUUACUGUUCUUAUUCGUCAAAUCGUUGAAUCAAUAAAUAAUAAGACAAUUACAUUGCAAACAGUAUGUGAUUUCUUCUCUAGAUUGAUUUUGAGACAUCCAACAAGUUCAGUAAUUAUUAAAGAAAAUAUUGAACGAAUUAGCAAUUUCCUCAUGAAUUUUGUGGAUAUUUAA